AUGUCAACACACAAUUUUUAUCAGUCCAGUUCUUAUAGCGAUACUGUAGCUUUGUCUAGUGAAGAUAAAUUAAACGAAUUAAAUGAAUCAAACGAAUUAAAUGAAUCAAAUGUAUCAGAAAAUGUACAUGACCUAGACAGCGAAUCGAAUUUGAGUUCUUCUGAUCGAACUUCAUCAUGUAAUAGUGGUGUUACUGUUACUAAUAGUUUGAGUAAAAGAAUUCGAAAAAAAAAGAGUACCUAUUUCAAAAGACCAAGACCAAGAAAACCAAGUUGGGUAUGGUAUUAUUUUAAGUGGGACAAAGUUGCAAAAAAAAUAUGUUGCAAAGUUGAAAUCACGGAUGAGGACAGUAUAAAAAAAGCCUGUGGCCAUGAAUAUAGAUCAACAACUGAAAUGGGCAAUUUAAAGUCUCACCUUUGUCAACUUCAUAGGAUUUUGCCUCCUGAAGAAGAUAAUAACAACCAAUUAACCAAAACAGUUUCUAACCAACCAUCAUUACAUGAUUUUAUAAAUAAAAAAACACCUUUACCUAUUUCGAAGCAAGAUAAAAUCACAAAUCGUAUCUUAGCUUGGAUCGUAGAUAAUCUUCAAUCAUUUAACGCUAUUACUAAUAACUGUUUUCGUGAUAUGAUUCUUGAAUGUUGCACUGUGCAUACAAUACAACUCGCAUUAGGGAACAGAUUUGAUAUUGAAGAAGUUACUAAUUUAAUCAAUAAAGCAAAAACAUUAAAUAGCUAUGUUAAUAGUAAGGAUAAAUACCAUAAAAGACUCUGUCAGUUGCAAGCUGAAUUAAAUCCGCAAUAA